CGGAGGGAUCCGUCCUCGGGAGAAGCUGGACACACUCAGCCCGCCGGGAGAAGACUGAACACCGUCCUCCAUCCACCCCUCUCUGUACUAUGACCACCAAACGCAUCGUCGUCGCCGGACCCGCACCAUGGGGCUUCCGACUGGUCGGGGGAAAAGACUUCGAUCAACCUCUAACCAUUUCCAGGGUGUCGCCCGGUAGCAAGGCUGCAUUGGCUGAACUGUACACCGGAGAUGUAGUGGUCACCAUUGAUGAUGGAGAGAACACAGAUGGAAUGACUCAUUUAGAAGCUCAGAACAAAAUCAAGGCCUGUGAAGAUGAUCUGACUCUGACUAUUAACAGGGUUGAAUCCAAGAUUUGGUCACCCCUUGUAUCUGAAGAAGGCAAAGUACACCCAUAUAAAAUGAACCUGGCAUCGAAUCCUCAGGAAGUAAAACAGAUAGGAAGCACACACAAUCGAAGUGCUAUGCCAUUCACUGCUGGCUCCGCUUCCAGCACCCCCAAAGUGAUCACUGCCCAGUACAACAACCCAGCUGGCCUCUAUUCCUCUGAAAACAUCCAAAGCUUCAAUAACACAUUGGAGUCCAAAUCAAACAAUGGUGCCCACGUUACCCAAGUGUCAAACCAAGAUGUAGACCGACCUCAACCUCCUCAAGCGCGGCACAUUGACACAGACUCCGAGGUAUACAAGAUGCUGCAGGAGAACCAGGAAUCAAAUGAACCUCCAAGACAGUCGGUCUCCUUCCUAGUACUGCAGGACAUAUUGGAGAGUGAUGAGAAAGGUGAGAAGCCUUCUGGGUUCCGCAGUGUGAGGGCCCCCACCACAAAAGUGGCUGCUUCUGUUGGCGGAGGGCAAAAAUUGCCAAUCUGUGAUCAUUGUGGAUCAGGCAUUGUGGGAGCUUUCGUGAAGAUCCGUGACAAACCUCGUCACCCUGAAUGCUAUGCGUGCAGUGACUGUGGAAUAAAUCUCAAACAGAAAGGGCACUUUUUUGUAGAGGACAAGAUGUACUGUGAAAAGCAUGCACGGGAGCGUAUGACACCCCCUGAAGGGUAUGAUGUAGUGACUGUAUUCCCAAAGUAA